ACCCGAACAUCCAGCAGUACGGCGAGGUGAACCAGCUGGGCGGCAUGUUCGUCAACGGCCGGCCGCUGCCGAAUCACAUCCGCCUGCGGAUCAUCGAGCUGGCCCAGCUCGGCAUCCGUCCGUGCGACAUCUCCCGCCAGCUACGCGUCAGCCACGGCUGCGUCUCAAAGAUCCUGGCGCGCUACAACGAGACGGGCAGCAUCCUGCCAGGAGCCAUCGGUGGCAGCAAGCCGCGCGUCACCACCCCCAAGGUGACGGCCUACAUCAAAGAGCUGAAGCAGAAGGACCCGGGGAUGUUUGCGUGGGAGAUUCGCGAUCACCUCCUUCAAGACGGCAUCUGUGACAAGUUCAACCUGCCCUCCGUCUCAUCCAUCUCUCGUAUCCUCCGGAACAAGAUCGGCACACUGCAGCACCUGCAGGGCGCUACGCACUACGACCUGAAGCCGCACCAGUCACCUGUAUAUCCCUCCGUCGCGGCCAUGUACCCGCACUACCCGUACCAGGCGCACGCUGCCGCAGCCGCCGCCGCCGCUGCACCAGCACCGGUCUCUCCGAUGCCGCCCAAGAGCGGCUCUGGGUCGCCAGGCAUGCCGUCGCGCACGCCCUGGCCCAGCGCUCACUCGGUGUCCGAUGCUGGGUCACUGGGAUCCCGGUGGCUCGUCUCCACCGUGUCUGACCGUGACAGCGCGGCUGAUCGGCUCGGCACGGCCGCGCAGAUCGGGAAUACCGGCUAA